UGUAGCGAGGUUGUGGGUUGGGUUGAGUCUUGUUGCGGGGUUAUGUGAGCAGUACUCGUGUAAAUAAAUAUACACAUGUAUAUUUAUAUUUAUUUAAAUUAUAAAAAGUAAACAACAUACGUUGGCAUUGAUAAACGAAAUAUAAAAAGUAUACUUUCGAGUGAAUUUGGAAAGCAGACAAAAUUGGGCCACGAUAUUGUGCGCGCGUUGACAACAGCUGCAAAUAAGAUUGUGAAGCACGUAAGGUUUUGCUGUGAAUAUUGGAAGAAGAGUGUUGACGAUGACAAAUGUUUUGCGAUUACCCCUUGAUUAUGCGAUUCCUGCAAAUAUAGUCAAUCACAAUAGAGUCGUGGCGGACAAUGGAAGGCCAAUGCGGAGCGAAGAGAAUCGCCUGCAGUCCUUUAAAAACUGGCCACUCAGCUUCAUACAACCAAGGGAACUAGCGGCCAACGGUUUCUAUUACACCCAGAUCCAAGACGUGGUGAGGUGCGCUUUCUGCAACCUCGAGAUCAGUAAAUGGGAACGUGGAGAUAUACCAAAAAAUGACCACAUGAAAUACUCACCGAUCUGUCCACUGCUGAAUAACCAGGAAUGUGGAAACAUUAAGAUGGACCACAGCGAAGGCUUGGAAUGCGACAGUUCAGCUGCAAAUAUACAACCCGGAGAAGACACCUGCGGUAAAUUUGGUAUCAAAUUGUGUCCCAACGCAUACCCAGAGAGCAGACGUUCGCUUAGUAAAUUAGGAAUUAAUAUAAAUCAAAGCCCAAAAUUCCCAAAUUACGUCACCUAUGAACAGAGGUUUAAAACUUAUCUCCAUUGGCCAAUAUCCAUGAAGCAGAAGCCUGCUGAAAUGGCGGAAGCCGGCUUUUUCUACACCGGUGAAAGCGACAGAACGAUUUGCUUCUUUUGCGGUAACGGUUUGAAUUUUUGGGAGCCGAACGAUGAUCCGUGGGAUCAGCACGCCAAAUGGAACCCGAAUUGUUCAUAUUUAAGGCUGCAUAAGUCGCCAGAAUUCAUUGCAAAUGCCUCCAAUGAUUCGAAUGCUAGUGGCGAGCAAGCUGAGGCUGCUGAUGUAAGUGUUCCUACCACAUCUAGUGAUUCGACUACGGCAGAGGCUCUCAAAGAUAAAUGCAAUGUAGCCGAACUGAAACCAACCAAAGAAAUUGCAGACGAGACAAAACUGUGUAAAGUCUGCUUGGCGCAGGAGAUUGGUGUGGCGUUUUUGCCAUGUGGACAUUUGGUAUGUUGCGUAAGUUGUGCGCCGGGCCAGAGCAAAUGCCCGAUCUGCAGACAAACAUUGAAAGCAACAUUGAAAACUUUCUUCACAUAACUUGCAAUUAUCGACAUCUCACCAUCGAUGUUAUACAACUUUUAAAUUUGUUUCUAUACAAUAGUUCUAGUCAAUGAUAACAUUUAAAAACAGCAUUUCACAUUUUGUACAUUAAUUAAUAUCGUGAAUUAGUCUUCCAUUUUCCCCAGUUUUGUGACACAAAUAUUAAAAAAAAUAUUAAAAAUCUGCCUCAAAAUAAUCUGAUACAAAAGUUUUGACGAGGGAAAUAAAAUAUUUUUUUACAUGAAAAAAUUAUAGAAAUUGAAUUUAAUAAGUUUUCAAGU